UUUAGCAUGAAGUCAUCCUCCACCAUCUCUGCUCAUACACUUACACGGUGUGUGAGGAUCCACACUAACAUUAUUACACUUACACCGCGCGUGUGUGUGUAUGUGUGUGUGAGAGAGAGAGAGAGACAGAGAGCGUGUGUGUGAGGAUCUUCUUCUUCUUACAUGACAACACAAAGACAAACUCUCUGCUUUUAUGACUUUUUCUACUCACGGAGGACCUUCUAUUUUCAUGUCAAACGUGAAGUCAGGACAUCCUGCAGACCACAGCAAAGCUCGUUCACAUCUCUACGGAUGAUUUCACCCUGACCGGGACGAAAUAGCCUGGUUAUGGAUUUUAACCUCUUGACGGAUAGCGAUGCCCGCAGCCCGGCGCUGUCGCUGUCCGACUCCGGUACCCCCCAUCACGACCAGAGCAGUAAAGGCCAAGAGAGCAGCGACACAGAGAAGUCCCAGCAGAACCACUUGGAUGAAUCCGGCGCAGACGACGGCUCACUCAAGAAGAAGCAGCGGAGGCAGAGAACUCACUUCACCAGCCAGCAGCUUCAAGAGCUGGAGGCCACCUUCCAGAGGAACCGCUACCCUGACAUGAGCACCAGGGAGGAGAUUGCAGUGUGGACCAAUCUCACAGAAGCACGGGUCAGGGUGUGGUUCAAGAACCGGCGCGCCAAGUGGAGAAAGCGUGAGAGGAACCAGCAGGCAGAAUUGUGCAAAAAUGGCCUUGGUGCCCAGUUUAAUGGACUGAUGCAGCCCUACGAUGACAUGUACGCAGGCUACUCUUACAAUAACUGGGCCACCAAGAGCCUAGCAAGCAGCCCGCUCUCCGCCAAGAGCUUCCCGUUCUUCAAUUCCAUGAACGUAAGCCCCUUGUCGUCCCAGCCUAUGUUCUCCCCGCCCAGCUCCAUCCCCUCUAUGAACAUGGCCCCCAGCAUGGUGCCUUCGGCGGUGGCUGGAGUUCCCAACAACUUGGGCAGCCUCAACAACCUCAACAGCCCGACGGCUCUCAACUCAGUGGCAGUGACGGCAGCCAACUGCCCUUACGCCAGCGCCGCCAGCCCCUACAUGUACAGAGACACCUGCAACUCCAGUCUGGCCAGUCUGAGACUGAAGGCCAAGCAGCACACCAACUUCGCUUAUCCCACCGUGCAGAAUGCCGUGUCUAACCUGAGCCCCUGCCAGUACGCUGUAGACCGGCCAGUAUGAAGAGUGGAAAGUAUCAAGUCCACGAUUUCCCCCAUGGGCCAUCCUGGUGCCAAGGAGUACUCACUUUGCUUGGGAGGCCAAGUGACCCACUGUUUGGAAGGAUUUCUACAAAAUUUCCUACAAAUUUCCUUUUUUCUCAACUGCAUGAUUAGAGUAAGUGUAGAACGCCAGGGGGAAAGAGACUGGAAACUAACCUGCGAUUAUCAGGUGGGAGGAAUCUCUGCUGUAUAUAACAGACAUUUUUUUUCUAUGUAACAAAAUAUUACAUGAGAACAUAGUACAUUUAAACCAUGUCCACACCAAGGCGGAUAUUUUCACAUUUUCACCAUACGGCUGUUUAAAAAAUGUCUAUUCCCACAAGUGUAGUUUAAAGAAAUAUCUGUCCACAUAAAAACACUUGAACCGGCCGUCGUUUUCAUUUAGUCCAAUCACAAGCCUGGAAAAGCUAGCGCAGCUCCAUUGGCGACAUUACACUUCAUCCCCGCGCCUUCGCAGUUCAGCAUUCACGACCACGGAAAUUCGCAGAUUUUUGGUCAAAACAAAGUUUGUAAAAAUAUUUUUUCUCCAAAUGUGACUGUAAUGUUUUUGCCAUAUAUCUCAUUUAGCCUAAGUUAACAAUGUAUUAGUAAAACAUGUGAUGUGCAUACAGUACAGUAGCAUGCGUGUACAGUACAUCAUCGACGUAGCGUGAACCUAGCACGUAUGCUGAACGGAGUCUGAUCCACCAUCUUAUAAUAUCAUUGGUUAGUGGUGAGUUGCUAUAUUUUAUACUUAAAAUGCAUUUAAUAAAGUAUGUGGGGCAUAUUUUGGGCUUCAGCAUGGCUCGUGCUUCCAAGCAUUUAGCUUGUUAGCUUCUGUUGCGAGUGAACAGUGGCAAUUGAAGAGAGAAGGGGAGGGUUGUGGAGCUCAAUUUAAUCUAAUCAUUACAGUCACAUUUAAUGCUAAUGUUGAUCUAAAAUUAAAGGUCAACAUCCAGCUAGCGGGAGGGUUUGGAGGGGGAGGAGCGAGCCGCGUUUCAGUAGAUUUAAUAAUUCAUUUGAAUGAAAUAAUACAAAAUUGUAAUGGUUGUAUCAGUUACUGUAUAGUAAUCCCUCGCCACUUCGCCCGUCCAAUUUCACGCCUUCACGCGAUCACGGUAAUAAAUCAUGCUGUUUUGUGGUUGAAUACGGCGUAUUAUUAGUCACAAAAUAUGCAUAGUUAAGCAAAUAUUGCGUAUUUUUUGUCUGAAUGAAGCAUUUUCAAGCAUAAUAAUGUCUAAGUGAAGAAAAAUACAAAUGUAAGGCAUUCAGAAGACGCAUUCAGAGAUCAUAUGUGUGAUCAUAUGUGGUACUGUACACUGGUCACUAGGUGUCAGUAAUGCUACUGUAAUGUUAGCUGAGACACACAAGCACCAGACUUGGCUCGCAACAAGCACAAUAAUCCCGAAUAAAAACACGGGCUACAGUUGCAGCCGUGACCCACGCCGAGCUACAACUCAAUUCUGAACCCCCGCUGUCACUUCCUGUCUACUCCCCACUCAGCUCCCCUAGCACCGCAACACAUUUACAGCAACACACACAAGCUUGAGUCUUAUUUAUGUCUUAUUUUCUCUCACCUCUUAUGUCCACUAAAUUUGUUAAAAGCUGGUAAACAGGUUUUCUAAGCUUUAAUUCUGAAAAUACUCCAUUUAUAAAUAAGGAAUCCCAAUUCAUCACCAUAAACAAGGGUUUAUGACUGUGACUGUAUGAGUUGUACAAGGAUGUGCACUUUCUAUUUAAAAUCAGUGUUCAUUUACAUGCGGUAGAGGAAACGACAUGAAUGUGUUUUUUUGACAAGGUGUGUGAUUACCGCUGUAUGAAAGGGAAUGAACAGUCCAUAACUUCAUCACAGGUUUUGUUGUUCCAGAAGGUUUAAAAACAAGAGAUAAGAUCACACAUGUCGUAUGACUAGGGCCGUCAAAUCAUUAAAAAUGUUAAGCAAGUUAAUCGCAGUUUUCAAAUGAAUUAAUCAUGACUAUUUUUACUGUAUUUUGUGAAGAAAAACACAAAUAACAGGAUUAUAUAUAUACCGCAAAUCACGGUGUAUAAACCACACCUUUUUUCCACCGGUAAGAAGCAAAAAAUCGGGGUGUGGUUUAUACACAAUGACAGGUCAGAACGCUUCUACAACGCUUCAGCGAAAGAUCAAUCGGACUACAAGCCCGGUCACACCGCCCGAACUUUGCUGUAGCGUCCCUUGAACGGUAGAAAGAGGGGGCCGAAUUUCGACAACGCCCGUCACCACGCACAAAAUGGGAAAAAAAAAUAGAAAACACGGGCGUCGUCCUAGCGGUGCACCGCUGAAGCCGGCGUUGCUUUAGCCUUGAUUUAACGGUAGCGAACGUUGGUUUAGCGGUGACGCGAGCGGUGAUAGAGCGGCGUUCUGCGCAUGCGGAUCAGUUAUCCAUGUAUUGUACAGAACACAUGACGCUGCAUUGCUUCAGUGUGAAUUUGAAUAAACUCCAACCUUGUAUUGUAUUUUACAUCAUCUGCAAUGUUUUAAUGGAAGCUUAGGUUAGCUUCAGUGUAUAUAGAGAUCGUUUCACUGUGUGAAAAUAAAGUCAGCCGUCAGAUAAGUUAGAAAGAAAUUACAUACAAAAGCAUUUUCAGCAACUGUACAGCAGAGGGCGCUAAAGUCAAAGCAACUGUCUGACCCACAGACGGCUAUUCUAAAAUGGGCUUCAUGAAUUCCUUUGCAGAUGAAUUAAUGGACGGCAGAUUUCUCCUUUCUUCUUCUUUUUGAAAUUGCUUAGUACCUUUACGCAUGGGUGCGGUUUAUACACCGUGAUUUACGCUAUUUGUAUGUAUUAACAGCUCCAAAUGAACUGAAAAUUUCACUCAAGCUAAAAGAUAGCGUCUGAAAAUGUGUUUGCCGAUCACUAGCCUCUUUAAUACUGGCAGAACAUUUUACCGUGGUGUGGGUCAUGACAACAGACAAAGACAACAUGCAAAUUAAGAUCGAUUCACAUGUUUUGAGUGUCGAUGCAUUUUGGGAUUUCCGAGUAGACUUAAAUGCAGCAAAUUGUUCUUCCGCAGUAAGAGUUAGUCAGUGAGAGAUAAGAAUAUCCACUUGCUGUUUGUCUUUGUCGUUCUUUUAAUUUAGACCGCCCACACAGCAUAAUAAGGACAUUGUUAUGAUGUUCGUUGUGUCCCUGAACGCACCGCAUGGUGGUAGUUGUGACAAUAAGGAAGUGUCAUUCAGAUAACGACAGGACUAGAGACGUGAGUUUGAUGAGUUCAGGCUGGAAUAAAGUCAUAAAAGAGCGUCGGCCUCUGUGUGGGGACGUUAUUGUGCCUCGUCUGCCGCCAUUCAUUGACAAGAUACGCAUGAGUUGAUUACGCCCAAGAUUUUAAUGUAAUUCAUGAAAUAAAUGAGUUAUUUUUGACUGCCCUGCUUAUGACACACGACAAAAAGCUUGGUUUUUCCUUCCAUAUGCAAACGCUGAAGCAGCACGUUUUGAAAGAGUGUUUCAAAAGCUCUGUUCUUCAGGACAAAACAUGUAAAAGUAUAAUAACAGUCUUGGUGUUGGUGUGGACAUGGCCUAAGAAUGUUCUUGGAAAGCACGGGCCCCAGGGUUUAUGUACAAAGACAGACAUCCUUUGGGAAAUUAAUACUUUGUUGUGAAUUCCUUUCCCCCGGGGAAGGUCAAAGGUUAAAGGCCAAUUUAGACAAGCAAGAGGAGGGCAGGACCAGAUUAGCAAAAUAUCCCACAAUUUACCGAAAGGAGAAUAUGGUGGAAGUCGAAGAAGCCGUGGCGUGUAUAGAUUUGUGUGCUGUUAUCUGACGGGGGUCUGUGACUGUAAACUAUAUCAAAUGUACGAGUGCUGUUCUUACAAGCUUCUUUCCCCAUCUUGCCUGCUUUGUCUCAUUAAAGAAACGAUUCAAA